UAUUCCUUCACCGUGGAAGUCAUUCGUAAACAUUUGUUAAGUACGUAUUUCAUUACAAAAAUUGGUACCCAUCUGCGGGAUUCGAACAUCGUUGCAUCGCUAGAUGCGAAUGCACCAGACGUUUUAACCUUUGUAGCUACGAUGCGACGCCUUUAAAAGAUAGCGAUAUUUCUAAGCAAAUAGGUUUGCAAUACGUGUUCACGAACUGCCACUUUAAUGACAUUUAAUUGCAUCCGAGUCAGGCUCUCAACAAUCUGUUACCAGAGGAUCCUCAGCUACUUCGGUCAUAUUUCCCGCCGACAGUCAGUUAACUUGGACAAAGUGAUUGUGACGGGCAAAGUAGAAGGAAAGAGACCCCGCGGCCGAUUACCUAGCCGUUGGUGUGAUCAAGUAACCGCUCUAACUGGGUUGCCAGUCGCAACCGCCAUUCGAGCAGCUGAGGACCGGACGAGAUGGAAACAGCUCACGAGACAGGCAACGGUCGAGUUUCAGGGACACGACCUUCAGCAAUGAAGAAAGCGACGAAGAAGAAAGAAGAAGAAGUGGCUCUUGCAACAUAAAACAUUAAUGGCGGACGUAUUCUAAAAUGACGCAAGUUUAACAUUUGCGGCAUGCGUUUUAUCAAUAAUUUUCCAGUUAAAAUCGAUUUAAAGGAACACAAAACAAUACUAGUGAAUACAUGACCAACUAGAAUAAGGCAACCAAGAAAGUGACAGUAUGGCGCGCGAGUUCGAUCAUCUUUUCAAACUGCUGAUUAUCGGUGACAGCGGUGUCGGAAAGAGUUGUCUUCUCCUGCGUUUUGCGGACAACACAUUUUCUGGUAGUUAUAUUACAACUAUAGGGGUGGAUUUCAAAAUAAGAACUUUAGAAGUUAAUGGAGAGAAAGUGAAACUACAGAUUUGGGAUACAGCGGGACAGGAGAGGUUCAGAACAAUUACAAGUACCUACUACCGAGGGACUCACGGAGUCAUCGUCGUGUACGAUGUUACCAAUGGAGAGUCUUUCGCUAAUGUCAAGAGAUGGCUUCAUGAAAUUGAACAGAACUGCGAUGUUGUAAACAAAGUUCUAGUUGGAAAUAAAAAUGAUUGUCCGUCACGCAAAGUUGUGGUUACAGAGGAUGCUCAGAGGUUUGCCAGUCAGAUGAAUAUCCCUCUGUUUGAAACUAGUGCAAAAGAAAACAUUAAUGUAGAGGAGAUGUUCCUUACAAUUACAAAAAUGGUACUAAAAUCCAAAUUAGAAAUGAAAGAGAGACAGAACGUUACAUCAAACGACACAGUUAAUUUGAAGAAAGGUAAUCACAAAAUUAAAAAAAAGUGUUGCUAGUGGUCACGGGGGGUGUUAUGUGCCACAGACUUUGCUUACACAAUGCUCAAAUAUCAAGAGACGUGUGCAUAACCCUAGCAAGACUAAGUACUUCAGCUGAAAUGAAAAAGGAACCAAUUAGUUUUUUGCUAAACGGUACAAAAAUUAAUUAGUCACAAUAGCAGUAAUGCAUGAAAUAGUUACAAUUGAUCUCUGUACAAUCAAACAAUUUGUAAUCACAGUUUCGUAAGACUUAGUUAGAUUUUCUGUUGAACUGUGCUGGGUUUGCCAAUCUCAGCCAGAGCGUGUACAUUUAUAUACUAUGGAAUAAAUAAAUGACUCCAAAAAUUAUGUUAGAAUAUUAUGAAUGCAUACUUAAUGUGGAUGAUUGUAUUCUCACUUUUUUUAAUAUGCUAUAUAUGUUGUGGUUUAAAAAAACAUGAGUUUUGAACAUCCAUAUAAGAGAAAUUAAAUUUAUACUAUAUAAAUAUUUACUAAUUAAAGAUAAAGUAUUAUGAUUUCCCAAAAUAUAAUAAAAUAUUAUGAAUGUGAAAGCUGUAUGAUUGUAAAAUAAUAUGAAAUGUAUCUCUGCGUUUAAAAAGAAAUGGUAAUAUUUUGAAAUAAUUACAUGUGGGAAUCCAGUGUGUAAUUUAUAUUAUAGUGAGAUUGUAUUUAUUAUUUUUUGUAAUAAUUUUAAAAGUAUUGGCAAAGUAUAUGCAGUAUUGUUUAUCCAAAAUUUCAAAAUUAUUAUUUAUGGCCCCAAGGGAGAUUUUUGUAAUCAUUGUAUUAUUAUUUUGAAACUCGAACAUGCAAAGGAAUGUUGUAACAUCAUAUAUUUUUAUUUCAUUAUAUGCCUUGGCGGAUAAAUAUAGUCUUGAAAAAUAUAACAUUCCUUGUGUAAUUGUUCUGAGCUUUAAAGUAUGUAUAGUCAUUAUUUUACGGUACUUUUCGGGUAAUAAUUGUGCGUAUUAUUUAGCAAGUUGUUUUUCUUUAAAUACUCUAUAUUAACAUGUCGAAUAAAAGUGCUGAAAAAUGUCUGAUGUCAUUUUGGGCCCAACUUAUGAUUUGAAAUGUAGGAGCGUUUCUAAUUAUUUUUUUAUUUAAAUUUUACCCUUUAUUUAUUUUGCCAAAUUAUCAUUCCAUACAUGCAAAACUACAAUGUCAUUUAGUUUUUUAUUUUUAAUUUAAUCAAUAUGCAUGAUUUUUUCUCAUUCUAGUACUCAUUUUUAAUUUUAAGAUGUAUUGUUCAUACAACAUAGGUACCAGCAUUUUAUUUGUUUAAAAAAUGUAAAUAGACAUAUUUUGCCCAUAAUAAAAUGUGUUCUCAUUUUUUUAUCCGUUCUUUGUAAUGACCAAGAUAUAUCAUUAAAAAAUACAAAAGGAAUAUUCUUGGA